AUGGCUUUCUUAUCCCACCAUCUCCAACUCACUCUCUUGUUUCUCUUUCUAUUCAAUGCCACUUUGGCCUACUCUUCUUGGCGUUUUGAGAAAAAUGUGGACUACAACAAUUGGAUAUCAUGGAAUAUAAAAAAUUACCAGCAGAAAACCACUUUGAAAGCAGAAUCCAUUGUUCAGGCACCAGGGGCUGCAGGCAGGAAAGCUCUAGAUUUGAAGCUAAGGAAGGCUGAGAUGAACAAAGUGACAAUAAGUGUAAGUCAAAAUGGGACUGGUGAUUUCAAGACCAUUAGAGAAGCUCUUAAUAGUAUCCCAUUAUAUAACACCAGGAGACUAAUAUUGGUGAUCAAACCAGGUGUUUAUAGGGAAAAGAUUACCAUCCCCAGAACUUUGCCCUUUGUCACAUUUUUAGGGGAUGCUAAUGACCCACCAACUAUUACUGGGAAUGACACAGCAUCGGUGGCUAGAAGAGAUGGGAGCCCAAUAGGGACAUUUGAGAGUGCAACAGUUUCUGUGGAUGCUAAUUACUUUGUGGCCAUUGACAUGAAAUUUGAGAACACAGCUCCACAUGAGACUGGAUCCAUUGGAGAGCAAGGUGUGGCUAUUCGCAUUUCUGGAACAAAGGCAGCAUUCUACAACUGUAGUUUUUAUGGGUCUCAAGACACACUUUAUGAUCACAAGGGCCUUCACUUCUUCAAUAAUUGCUUUAUCCAGGGCUCAGUGGACUUCAUUUUCGGCUAUGGCAGAUCCCUUUAUGAGAACUGCAAUUUAAAUUCCAUAGCCAAGAAGGUGGCCUCCCUCACUGCCCAAAAGCGCACCAAUUCCUCAUUGGAAAGUGGGUUUUCCUUCAAAGAUAGUGUGGUAACAGGGAGUGGCCAGGUUUACCUUGGUAGAGCAUGGGGUGAUUAUUCCAGGGUUGUUUUCUCAUACACAUUCUUGGACAAGACUGUUCUUCCCCAAGGGUGGAGUGAUUGGGGCGAUCAAAAACGCGAUUUUAGUGUAUAUUAUGGAGAAUACAAGUGCAGUGGACCAGGAGCCAACUUGACAGGAAGAGUACCUUGGGCGCGCAUGCUAACUGAUGAAGAGGCUAAGCCUUUUAUUGGGACUUACUAUGUUGAAGGGGAUUCAUGGCUUAUAAGACCUUAUUAG